CGAACGGGGAUACGACGGUCUUGGCGUUCAAACGAGAGACACUAUCCUCCCCCCACUCAUGCGAACGAACUACGAUUCCAUUCAGUGGGAAAAGUCUACACCAUAAUCCACGUACCCGAGCUUCAACUCCAUCUUAGAAGAGAGAGAGAGAGAUGGCGGUAGCUAAUCUGUGGGGCGCGAGAUGUUCGGCCCCCGCGCCCCAAUUCACACCCCUGUCGUCUUCUUCUACUUCUCCUCCUUUUUAUUGCAUUUUGAUGAAAUCGGCCGAGACGAGGUUCGGUUCGGGCGCGGUUCGAAAGCAGUUUUCCAGGCGCCGUACAAGUUCAAAGCUUUCUCGCCGCUGCAGUGCCAGUUUCCAUUUCGCUUCUUCGGAUUGGGAUUGGAAUCGGUGGACCCGCCAUUUCUCGGAAAUCGAACAGGCCGAAAGCUUCGCCUCUCUUCUCAAGUUUCAACUAGAAGAUGCAGUUGAGAGGGAAGACUUCCAGGAAGCUGCAAAGUUGAAGAAAGCAAUUUCAGAGGCGACAUCAAAAGACAGUGUUGCUGACAUAAUGUCUCAGAUGAAGAAUGCAAUAGCCGAAGAGCGUUAUCAUGAUGCUUCACAAUUGUCCAGAUGUGCAGGACAUGGGCUGGUCGGUUGGUGGGCAGGUUGUUCAAAGGAUUCCGAUGAUCCCUUUGGCAAGUUAAUCCAUAUAACUCCUGGUGUUGGCAGAUAUGUUGGCAGGAUUUAUAGCCCGAGACAGUUGGUCACCGCUUCCCCUGGGACUCCUGUGUUUGAAAUGUUUGUGGUAAAAAAUGAUGAUGGGACGUAUUCCUCGCAGGUAGUAUUCUUGCAACGAGUCAAAGGAAGUUCAAAGAACACCUCAAAUUCGCCAUCCACAAAAGGGCCAUCUACUUCAGAGAUUGAGGAUGAGUCUGUUGUUGAUGUAAAUGGGGAUGAAGCUAAAGAAGAGAAAAGUGAGGGUAGAAAUAUAAAGGUUGAGGGAGAAACUGAGGAAGGGUUAACAAGUGUGCUGAAUUUUCUAAAAGAGAAAAUUCCACAAUUGAAAUUUGAAUUGAGCAAUACUAAUGUCGCUGAAGAAGUUAUAGAGGACGAUGUGAAGCAGUUCAGUCAUGAAGGUGAUCAAAAUGCAAUGCAUGGUGAAGAUUCUGAUAGUGAAACGAGUAAGGUGGAUGAUAUGGGAGAGGGUAAUCAAGCGAAAGAAGAUGCAACGAAUAUGGCUAUGAAGGUAUUUAUUGGAGGGGUUUUACAUAAUGAAGAGGAUAGUUCUACUAAGUAUGAGUAUGUCCGCCAGCCAGCUGAAAUUUUAGACCUGGAGAGAGAUUCUUUCGUGCUUCAUAUUCCUGCAAGAAGUCAAGAUCAUGAUAGCAAAGAAAGUAUAUCAGCUAUAGAAGCUAAAGUUGUUUCAGAACUCAUGCCUGCUGAUGUUGCCAAGGCAUUUUGGGGUUCUGGACCUACUGGUGAGAUACCUUCAAAGUUGUCUAAAGAUGUGCAUGAAAUCGUCAAACAUGCUAUUUCUCUGGAUCAGAAGCGGUUCAGGUUAUCUGAGUAUACAUCUUUUAGGCGAAUUAUUCUUGCUGAAGGUCAUUUCGAUCCUUUUGAUGGUCUUUAUAUUGGUGCCUUCGGUCCUUCUGGUGCUGAAGUAGUUCAGUUGAGACGUAAAUAUGGUAGUUGGAAUAGGAAAGAUGAUGCUGACAAGCCAUCAGAUAUUGAGUUUUUUGAGUAUGUUGAGGCAGUAAAGCUAACAGGAGAUCUAAAUGUUCCUGCUGGCCAGGUUAUCUUCCGUGCCAAAAUUGUAAAAGAGAAUCGUAUCCCCAACCGUCGGUUGUAUCCGGAUGAAUUAGGAGUGGUUGCAAGCUAUAAGGGUCAAGGAAUGGUAGCAGAAUAUGGGUUCCGAAAUUCGAAGUGGGUUGAGGGUGAACUCCUCCAACUCAGUGGCAAGGGACCAUAUGUCGAAGGAGCAGAUAUCGGUUUCCUUUAUCUUGAACCUGGGAAGAGUUUCCUAGUACUAUUCAACAGAUUGAAACUACCAAACUGAGUCGCCCCGUGUAACUAGUUUGAUCUAACUCCCCUUUGCUCAUAGCAACUUCAUGAAGAGAAAAUGUUUCUUGUUUAUCGUCAGCAGAGACCGUGGUUUCACCAUAUAUUGUAGCUAGCAUACGCGUCCUUCUAGUUGGUUCUCUUUUUUUCA